CCUAAAUGAGGAGGAAUCAGAUACGAUAGAUAGACCGUCUAUCUAUCGUUGGGCCCUUCCAUUCCUCCGUAUAUAAAGAGGCUAGCUAGCUGCCUCCCUGUCUCGCGCACCAGUGCACAAAAUCAGCAAACCCGCCAUUAGCGCGCACUCUAGUAGCCUUGCGUGCUUCGCUCGUCUUCUCGGACGUUCCGUUCCAUCGCCAUGGCGGACCAGCUCAGCGAAGACCAGAUUGCCGAGUUCAAAGAAGCUUUCAGCCUCUUCGACAAGGACGACGACGGUUGCAUCACAACCAAGGAGCUCGGGACCGUGAUGCGCUCCCUCGGGCAGAACCCCACGGAGGCGGAGCUGCAGGACAUGAUCGCCGAGGUGGACAGCAACAACAGCGGCACCAUCGACCUGCAGGAGUUCCUGGGCCUGAUGGCGCGCAAGAUGAAGGACACGGAGUCGGAGGAGGAGGAGCUCAGGGAGGCGUUCCGCGUGUUCGACAAGGACCAGGACGGGUUCAUCUCCGCGGCGGAGCUCCGGCACGUCAUGACCAACCUCGGGGAGAAGCUGAGCAACGAGGAGGUCGGCGAGAUGAUCCGCGAGGCCGACGCGGACGGCGACGGCGACAUCAACUACGCCGAGUUCGUCAAGGUCAUGAUGGCCAAGAGAAGGAGCAAGAGGACGGAGGAGAAGGCCACGGCGCGCGGCAAGAAGAAGGCGGGUGCGCCGUCCGACGCCGGCAAGCGUGGCCAGAAAUGCGUGAUCCUGUGAGAUGGAGGUGCGGUCGUCCAGUGCAUGCUGGUGCUGCGUGUUCCCCGCUUGCUUUCUGCUUCCGGGCUGCUUGGCAGUGCCAGUGUUCAAUUCAACACGCACACCAGCUGCGGGAAGCUCGACUUCUGCUGUUCUGGCUGCAGGUGCAUGUAGCUGUGUGUAAUACAGUGCUAUGCUAAUGGAGUAGUGGACACAAAUAACAAAUGCAACCUCUGCAGUGUAUUGGCGUGAGGCGGCCAACUGAAGACAGUCUUCUUCAGCACUGGCAAAUUACCCGAUACCCAUUACCCAUACCCGAAUUACCGGGAUCCGAACCUGAAUUACCCGAACCCGAGGUAUCCGAUCCUAAAUUCGGAUAGCGAUUUUGAUUACCCGAAAUUAGUUUGGAUAAUAUCCCCCGUUACCCGAAUUACCCAAAUAUUUAUCUAUAUCUUUAUAUUUA